AUGCGCCGAGACGCUGAGAAGCACAAUAGGUUGAAGUUCUGCCGCUUCUACAAGGAUCACGGUCACGAUACCUCCGACUGCUACGAGCUGAAGAGGCAGAUCGAGGGCCUCAUCCAGAAAGGGUACUUCAAGAAGCAAGUGGGACAAGCUCACAGCAGAGGAAGAAAAAAGGCAGGUAGUUCAAAAGAAGGAAGGGCAAAGAGGGAGAGGACACGAUCUCCUCUUAAACGCACAGAYCGACCUACCGUGAUCAACAUGAUCUUUGGAGGUCCGAGCGGGGGGCAGUUAGGAAGGAAGCACAAGGCACUGGUGCGAGAAGCCCACCACGAGAUUUGUGCAAGCUAUAUACAGCUCACUCCGUACCAGAUUUCGUUAUCAAUCGAGGACAUGAACGRCCUGUACUCCCCUCACAACAACGCCUUGGUUAUCGAAGCAAAGAUUGACCACAUGUAUGUAGACUAG